AUGGCUUACGCAUCUCAUUAUUCACUUGUCGCGUGCUGUUGCCGCUAUCGUGCGCCUCUUAGGUCACCCGUUUCACACAUCUCCCCGCCGCAGCUGGCUCCCGCAGUCGCCUUCUCCUCCCGCUGCUUUCGCCGCCUUCCUUAUCCUCAUCUCUUUACGGGGAACUCACUCUUCUUCCGCAUGGAGCGAUUCUGGACAGGUAGCGGAAUCAAUAGAAACAAAGACAUGGUGAAACAUUUGCAGAGCUAUGGGGUGAUAAGCUCAAAGAAAGUAGCAGAAGUAAUGGAAACUGUUGACAGGGCCUUGUUCGUCCCUGAUGGUUCACCGCCAUACAUUGAUAGCCCUAUGCAGAUAGGUUAUAAUGCUACUAUUUCUGCCCCUCAUAUGCAUGCCAUGUGCCUCCAGUUGUUGGAGAAUCAUUUAAAGCCUGGCAUGCAUGUGUUGGAUGUUGGUUCAGGGACGGGGUAUUUGACUGCGUGCUUUGCUGUUAUGGUUGGACAACAAGGUCGUGCUGUUGGUGUAGAACAUAUUCCUGAGUUGGUUGAGUCAUCCAUUAAGAAUAUCCAAAAGAGUGCAGCAGCUCCACUGCUUAAAGAAGGAUCCUUGUCGGUACAUGUUGGAGAUGGUAGGCAAGGGUGGCCCGAGUUUGCACCUUAUGAUGCUAUUCACGUUGGGGCUGCUGCCCCAGAAAUUCCUCUAGCGCUUAUUCAACAACUGAAGCCCGGGGGAAGAUUGGUAAUUCCAGUCGGUAAUAUUUUCCAAGACCUUCAAGUUAUAGACAAGAACAUGGAUAGCACCACAAGUAUCCGUAGUGAGACUUCAGUUCGUUAUGUCCCACUCACAAGCAGAGAAGAUCAAAUUCGGGGCUUCUAA